AUGGUCCAGCCCUCCAGCCACUCGCCCUACUCGCAGAGGCUCUCCCUCAUUUCCCAUCCGCAGGCCUGUCCAGUCCUCUUCCUGAUCACAGACUGUCCCGACCAAGACGCCCUCGAAAACGACUAUUUGCCCACUCUCCGCGCCCACGACUGCGUCAAUCUCGUCCGGCUGUGUGACCCCAACGCAUACGAUCCCGCGGUCCUGAAGGGCAAUGGCGUCGCUGUCUGGGACUGGUUCUUUGAGGAUGGUUCCAUACCCCCUGAUACGAUUAUAACCUCAUUCCGCAAUCUCGUCGACUCGCUUAUCUCAAAUCCCUCGUCAUCCUCACACCCAGCCCUCGCCCUGCACUGCGUCAGCGGCGUUGGCCGCGCUCCCGUUCUGGUGACCUGCGCUCUGAUUGACGGCGGGAUGGACCCCAUAGAGGCCGUAGAGCUCGUGCGAAGCAAGCGCCGUGGGUGCUUAAAUAAGAAGCAGCUGGCGUGGCUGCUCGAUUCCAAAAAGGGCUUCAAGCCUCUGAAGAGAGGGAAAAGGAAGCCCGUGGCGUCGAGCGGACCUGCAAAUGGGGGAAAGGUGACGAAUAUGGGGAGUAGUGGGGCGACGCUUGAUGCCGAUGCGUCGAAGAAGAAAAUGUUUGGAGGACUUUUUGGGAGGAAGAAGUGA